CACACACACACACACACACACCACGCAGACACAGUCAGUGAGCAACAGGUAGACCUGCUCCCUGAGAUCCCCAGGGAGGGAGACUCGGGCUCGCUUCUACACACACUUUUUGAACUUCUUUUCACACACCCCGCAGCCCUGUCCUCACGCCUCACACACACUUCACCACUGAACAACUCUCCGACCGCGUGUUUACGGAGACUUUCCUCUGCGACACACGGCUUGUAGAAGGAUCUCAGGCUUGUGCGCAGAACUUCCAACUGCUGGAUUGUUUUUGUUUGUUUGUUUGUUUGUUUGUUUUGGGCCGGGGGUGGAAACUGUGAGCAGGUUUAAUAUGACGGCUGGAGGAACGUGUGGAGACCGACUGCCCGGUUCGACGUGUAGGAAUCGCACCUGAUUGCGGACAGCGAUUCAUUCACUAUUUUUUAUUUUAUUUUAUUUUUUUUUUUACACCACAACCAGGACUAAACAAACCUUCGCUUGAUCAAGGCGGAACAAUCUGAUACACAGUAACCGAAUAUUCCAUUUCAGCAGUACGGAACCGCCGGUGUAACGGAGCGCGUGAAGCCCGAAGGGAAGUCACGCGUUCAGGUUCACGUUCUGCGUCCGUUUGCAUGACGCAGCUUUGGAGAGUUGUCGGCUUCGGAUAACCGAGUUAUGAUCAGGCCACCUGUUGAAUUCGAAGUGAAUGCAUAACCGCCGAAAUGUAACACCAUCUAAUGGAGAUCUAUGAGUGCACGAUUAGGACGGAGAGAUCCAAAGCUUUCUGGCUGCCUGAAAUCUGGUGCCUGCUUUCACUGGACUGAGUAAAGCGUACUGGGAAUUCUGAUGACUGGAGAAGUUCGAUGCACACGUUACGAGUCCUGCUUCCAGUCAGUGCUUUCACUGACACAGGAUAUCCAGCACUAGUUAAUGGCCAUUUAAUUAGCACUCAUGUUCCAGCAGAAAGUGAUGUCACAUUUGAUGCAUAUUAUUUGUUCACUUUAACAAUGAUUACUGCUUUUCCAGAGCUCUUGCGAGAGCUGUCAUUACUUAAGGAUUUGCCUUUUCCAUGCACAUGUCUCGGGUCCGAAGCAGACUUCUUCUCGUGCUAAUUGAAAUCCUUCAGAAGUUCAAGGAAAUAGAGUUGCAUCUCAAGUCCGGCCGUGUUGAGGCACCCAGACGGACCCUGGUGAUUUUCUCAGUGUGCCAGUGGUUCUGAAACAGUGCGUUAUGCGUGCCCGGGCCCCGAAGCUGCAGCUGGGUCAAUGAGGCUCGCCGCACAGCGCCUGGCCGGGCUCUGGCCGUGGCUGAUCACGGCUGCCCUGCAGGUGGCGCUGGGCCAUGCGGGCCUGGAGGUGUCAGCGACCCGCGCCCUCAUCAAGGUCACGCUGCUCAACCCCAAAGCCCCAGGGCCCAUCACCCUGGAAGGGGUGUUUGCUGGAAGCAGCAGCGGAUUCGCUGAGGGGAAACUCAUGCAGUCUCACCCGCUGUCUCUGUGUAACACCAGUGAGGAUGAGCGGCAAGAAAAUGCCUUCAUCAGCAUUGUUAAGCUGGAGAGUCCAGAGAGCAAAGUGCCACAGUGCCUGCCACUUCUGGAGAAGGCCCGGCUGGCUCUAAACAGAGGAGCUCAGGCUGUCAUUUUUGACAUCACUGAUGAUGUUAGCGCUGCUAUUGAGUUGAAUUCUGGCUUCCUGAAGAAGCCGGUGGUGAUGGUGAAGGCAGCGGAUGCUGAGGAGCUGAUGGGACUGGUCAAUAAGAACGAGGAGGCCAAUGUUGAGAUCAACAUCAUGAUGGAGACACCAAAAUGGCCCCAUUAUGAAGUGGGAAUCCUCUUGACAGUCGUGUUGGUUGUGCUGGCAAUCAUUAUGAUCUUUGCCUUUCGUUCUCGCUGCAGGUCCAACCGAACUUGGGACUCGGUCCACCAGCAGACCAUGCGGGCCAUUAGCAGGCUGGAGACCCGUACCUACAGCUCUCAGGGCUGCUCAGGAGGAUCUCAUCAUCCACAUAGUGGCCGAGGGUCAAACAGCAGCUCCAGCUCUGGCCCUAUGUGUGCCAUCUGCCUUGAGGACUUUCUGGAUGGACAGGAUCUGAGGAUCAUCUCAUGUGCGCAUGAGUUCCAUAAGGAAUGUGUGGACCCUUGGCUGCUUCAACACCGGACCUGUCCACUCUGCAUGCACAACAUAAUGGCAGGUGCAGAGCCGAGUGGUCGUCAGCCUCAGCGACUUCGUGGACAUCCACCCCCAGAGCACAGCCAGGCUUUUCUUUACCCCCACUCACAGCAUUACCCAGCUUCUCACUCUUUUCCCCAGCCCCCCAUUCCCUUCUCCCUACGACCCCAUUACCCCCAUACCCUCUCGGGACCCUAUCCCCAGCUGGGAGCCUAUAGUGGCUCCCCUCCCUACCACACUCGCUUAUUGAGCACCAGCUGCAGCUAUCAUCUUGCCCCUGAUGGGCACCGUGCCCGACCUCGCCACAACUGCCGGAACGUCGGGCACCACUACACAUCUUCGCGGCGUCCGUGCCACCACUGCCAUGCCAACCGGAUGCGGCAUCAGAAUCAUCACCAAAACCAGCGCCACGGAGGCUCUCAGGGGCGCCAGGAUGAGGGCAGCUGCUCAGGGGCCAGCUAUGGCACGGAACGCAGUGGCUACUUCCCUGAUGGACCUGGCAGUGACUCAAGCUCGGGCCCAUGCCACGGCUCAUCCAGUGACUCAGUGCUCAACUGCACCGAUGUAAGCCUGCAAGGUGUCUACGGCAGCUGCUCUACCUUUCGUAGUUCGCUCAGCAGUGAGUAUGACCCAUUUGUCUACCACAAUGCUGGUGCUGAAGGUCCGACAGGUAGCACCAGGCCCCGAUCUCUAGAUUCAGGAGUUAAUCAGACUAGUGGAGGACUUGGGUUUGAAGAACCACAGCAGCAACAGGCUGUAUUCAGCCAUGUGCACUACCAUAGACACAGACACCACUAUUACGAAGAGGGCGAGCCCAACCAAGGACCAGGAAGAGGCUCUGAUGAGGAGCAAGGGACAUCAGGAGUAGCAGCAGGCAAUUCAUCCAUGAGUAAGGACUCAACUUUGUGUCAGGGGGCACAUGUUGCCUGCCAUUGCCCCAAAACGGACCCUAUAGACAGGUGUGGACCUCCUGGUGGAGUGGAGGAUCGGGAUGCAGCUCCUCCAUCCCCCACUUCCUCCUUGCCUGGCACCUCAGUGCUGAUACCUGCACCAGCCUGCUGCCACCCAGGGCACCCACACUGCCAAAAACCCACCAGCUGCAGUCUGGAAGCUUCUGCCCCACCCAUGCCAGCUGUGCACUUCCAUCAGAGAGUGGAUCUACAGGACGAUUGCAGCAUCCACAUCCACUAUGGGCAAAGUCCCGCAGGUUACUGCUGCCCCCCUCCUCUGGGUGCAGCCUCCACACUGCUGCCUGUACCUGUAAUCCUGGACUCAGGUGGGCUGGCAGAGUGGCCCUGCUGCAGGGGGGCACGAAGGGGGUGGCAAAAGCAGGUGCAACAGGCUCACUCUGAGCCACAGCUAAUGGGGACAGGCACUCUAUUGGACGCACCUCUGUGCAGAGGGCAUCACAGUGCCGGGCAUGAACUGCCCACAGAAAUCUGUCUCUACUGCCAAAGUGUACGCAAUAAUCAGGGAUCAGAGGAAGAGUCUGGUGUUUGAGAACUCUCUCCAUCCCCAAACCUCACGCUGCUACACAAGAGCCGAAAUGGACAAACGAAUCGGCCGUCUCUCCCUCUCUCUGUCUCUCGCUCACUCACUUUUUUCACAGUCUUCCAAAUAAUUCCACAUCUCAAGACAGGCAUCAUUUCUCAUCGUCGCUCAGUUCCCACAAUUGUUCUGUAACUAAAGUCUGACGCUCUUAGAAAAAAAAGGGUUCCUCAUGGGUUCUUUGGAUGGUUAAAGGUUUAGGUUUUGAAAGGGAUUUUUUUUUUCUGUAAAUUGUUCUUUUAUUGUAACCUUUACAUAGAGGUUUCUCCAAGAGGCAAAGCAAAAAAAAACCCUUUAGGGUGCUAGAUGGAACUUUUUUCUAAGAGUAUAAAGGUAUAUCAGUUCAAACUCAGUUCCAGCAGGUAAUAAUUGAUGGUUAAUGGUACUAUUGAUGUAUUAUGUACUUAUAACCCAAGAUUCUGAAUCUAUUAUUUUCUGUUUUUUUCCUUCUAAAUCAGGUUUACCAUGUAUCACUUGGUGAACUGAGACAUGUUGGUUAGACCUUUACAAAAGGGUGAAAGUGUUUUGUCUCACAUUGUUUUUUUUUUCCUUUUUCAAACUAUUCAAACAUGUUCAUUGAAAAAAAAAAAAAAAACAAGUCCCAGAAUUCCUUAGUUACCUCCAUGCAUCACUGCAAGCUGGGGUAGCAGAAGCAGGCCCCUAUCCUUAUUUUCAAAAUUUCCCCUUUUGGGGAAUUCAUGCUUCACAAUAUACUGUAGUGAUCCAUUUUGGUCCUGACAGUAUUUCAUGUUAGUGAAGAAAAAGAAUACCCAUGUUGAUUUUGUAUAGCCAUUACUGGUAAAAUAAUACUCUUAACCCCCAUAUGACUUAACAUCCUGUCUGCUACUAGAACUACAAAUUAGACCCAGUGGCUCCCUUUUACUCAUCUGAUCUUAUCUUUGCAGAACACUGAACACACCCCAACAUAUGAUAUCAUCGAUCAUGGUUGCGGUUAGGAUAUCAUCCGAAGCGAUGAUGUCAUUCAGUGAUCGUGCUGCACAUGAAAUAAGUUUCCUGCCUGUCUCUCUCUCUCUCUCUCUCUCUCUCUCUCUCUCUCUCUCUCUCUCUCUCUCUCUCUUUCUCCAGCCUACCUCAGAUAACCAAUCAGAAAAGUCCUGUUCACAUCACGGUACUUCAAAAGUAAAGCUCUUGCCUGGCACCCUCUCUGUUUACUUCUGAUAAGUGAGAGAUAGGGCGCUUUACAUAAUCUGUCCUCGAAAAAAAGGUUCACUGACUGUUUGGAGGUCAUUUAGGUUUCGGGUCUUGUGCUCGUUAAUUUGAGAAAGGCAGCUGUCAUUUGUGUCACGGUUUUUUUGUUUGUCUUUUGUGUCCUUUUUUUGUUUUCUCGGUUAAAACGAAGCAAACUGACUGAAAACGUUAGAGUUGGCAAGGAUUUCAGAACCUACUUUUGGUCAUUUUUCACCUUGUCAUUUAGCUCGAGCUGAGGAAGCACUAAAUUACCCAUGAGUACAUGCUUUUACCUCUGACCCUUUACCUCGUGUAUGACUCGCAUAUAUCCGUACGGAUAUGGAUCAUUUCAGAAACGGUCGCCAGCCUGCAAGCUUGCCAAAGGUGCCUCUUUUUUUUUUUUUUUUUUUUUAGACUUGCUGCAAGAUUUUCACUGUUUUCAUUACUUAAAAAUGCUGUAUUCAAUGUUCCUUCAGAAGUUGGUAUGUUUUAUCCAUGGAAAUAUAUUAUAGUAUAUUCUAUUUAGAAUAUAUAUGAACAGCACAUUGCAGUCAUUAUGCAUUUUCAUAACCAGAAGGCAAUGUCUAUUGUCUAAACACAGCUAAUAAAGCAACCCUUUAAUAAGUAUAGAAUAAAAUUCCAACAAUUGCCACAAAAUCAAUUGAUAUAAUAUGGAUUUGCUCUCAUAAUUUAGCCAAAAUGAUUAUUAUGAUUCUAAUUUGGCAUGACAUUAUGUCUUUACUUUUGUUGCCUCUGGAGUUUUGUACCUGUACAUUUUCACAUGCAAAGUUUUUAAUUUACACUUUCAAGGUCAAAUUGGCUAGAAAGGGGGGGGAAAUGUCAUAUUGUUGGUCACCUUUAUAAAAAGGUAGUAAAGUCACAAAACCACAAAUGAAUCUUAAAAAAGAAGGAGACAUUAGGUCAUCAGAGCAAAAUGUUAUAUAUAGAUAAACCAUGGAAUUAAACUUUGAGGGUUGUUGUUGUUGUUGUUUUUAUAAAAUAAAUUAAACCACUAUUGAUCCUAUACAUUUCAACUGGUGAUGCUCAGAGAGUGACUUACUUAAACCAAAGUUAAUAAUUAAAUGGAAAAUAAUAAAAAGGAUAUAAGAUACCCGUCUUUUCAAAUGUCAGACAGUCGUUUGAUUGUCUCAUGCAGUCAUGUUUUAAAUCUUUGUUUGUGCCUUGAAUUUCCAUGAAACUGCCUUACAGAAGACCUGCUUUGCACUUCUGCGUUGCCUUUAUAUUCAUGUAAUGUCGGCCUGAACGUUCUUUCAUUACAGGCUUUGUCUUAAAUUUACAAUUUCACAUGCAGCACUUUGGAAAAAUGUUUAAAAAAUGUUAAGAGUGAAACCUGAAGCAAAACAAGCUAAGCAUUAUGUAGCUACCAGUACUGGGAAACAUCAUAGAAAUCAACGAAAUGUCAAUGAACACUAAGGGUGAAUUUAUCUCCUUUGUUUAUUUUUUUACUUUCAUUUAUUUGCUCUCUUUUCUGAUGGCGAAUGAGCUGAAACUGCCUUAUGAAUAGAGCAAACUCCCUCCAGAAUACGGAAGGGAUAUGCCAGUAUAUUUUCAAUAUUUUGUGUAAAAAAAAAAAGUGAAAGAAAAAAACAUUAAUGAGAUAAAGUGUUGUAUUUUAUAUAUAAUAGACAUUUUUUUAUAUAAUAAAAAAAUCAAUAUGGUAAUGUCACUAAUAUAUUUAUUUACUAAUAUAUUUAUCCAGUUUGUCCAGGUUUAAGAAAAUGAAAAAUGUCAUUUUUUCCCUUUUUAUUAUUUUUUUUUUUUGGAAUUUUAUCUUUAUGAAACUUACGAUUGCCAUCAUAGAUGUAUCAACUUAGCAUCAUUCCAAUUAUAUGCAAAUAAAUUAUUUUUAAAUAAAAAGAUGCAACAUGUGCUAUC